UAUCGAAAUCCACUCAAAUCAAAUAAAUCAAGAUGACCCUGAAAACCUGCUGCUUUUUUUACUUGGUCUUCAUCAUCUUAAUAUCAUCAACUAUCGCCCAAGAUUCUUCAUCAUCAGUAAUUUCAAGAUUUCAAGAAUAUCUUAAAAUAAACACAGCCCAUCCAUCACCAGACUACCAAAAAGCUGCAGACUUCAUUCUUUCAAUUGCUAAAUCACUUUCUCUUGAAUCCCAGACCAUUUUCUUUGUAAAAAACAAACCUUUAGUCCUUUUAAAAUGGCCCGGAAAAAACCCGAAACUCCCUUCUAUUCUACUGAAUUCCCAUACUGAUGUCGUCCCAGUCGAACCCCAGAAAUGGUCUCAUUCUCCAUUUGAAGCUAAACUUGAUGAUCAAAAUGGUAAUAUAUAUGCUAGAGGGUCACAAGACAUGAAAUGUGUAGGUCUGCAGUACUUAGAAGCUAUUAGAAACUUAAAAAAAGAUUCGGGUUUUGUACCACUUAGGACGAUAUACAUUUCGUUUGUUCCUGAUGAGGAAAUAGGUGGACAUGACGGGGCGGAAAAGUUUGCGAAUUCUGAAAUUUUCGAUGAGAUGAAUGUAGGCAUUGUUUUAGACGAAGGGUUGGCGUCUCCUGAGGAUUAUUAUAGGUUGUUUUAUUCUGAGAGGUGUCCUAUGUGGUUAGUGAUUAAGGCGACUGGGGCUCCUGGACAUGGGGCGAAACUUUAUGAUAAUACGGCGAUGGAGAAUUUGUUGAAGAGUAUUGAGAGUGUUAGGAGGUUUAGGGCGUCGCAGUUUGACUUGGUUAAGGCUGGGCUUAAAGCUGAAGGCGAGGUUGUUUCGGUUAAUAUGGUGUUUCUCAAAGCUGGAACACCUUCUCCCACUGGUUUUGUGAUGAAUCUGCAGCCGUCUGAAGCACAGGCUGGUUUCGAUAUUCGAGUCCCACCAAUUGCAGAUCAAGCUUCCCUGGAGAGGCGUAUUGCUGAAGAAUGGGCUCCAGCUUCGCGUAACAUGACAUUUGAGCAUGGGCAGUUUAAGCAGAAGAUGUCUGUGCUUGAUGAGAAUGGAAAGCCGAUUUUGACAGCCCAUGACAGCUCAAAUCCUUGGUGGUCACUUUUAGAGGGAGCCAUACAUCAAGCUGAUGGAAAAUUUGGGAAACCAGAGAUCUUUCCUGCUUCAACUGAUGCUCGCUACUUCCGAUUGAAGGGUGUACCAGCAAUUGGCUUCUCUCCAAUGGCAAACACUCCUAUUCUUCUUCAUGACCAUAAUGAGUUUUUGAACGCGGAAGAGUACCUGAAAGGGAUUAAGGUGUAUGAGUCAAUUCUCAAAGCUUUUGCAUCUUUUGAUGAGCCAAAAAAAGAGGAAAUUGCCAAAGAUGAGUUGUAAAAAGAUCUGAGACUUGUAUUUGUUGGACAUUCAUAAUUCAGGCAUAGGACAUAAAUGUGUUUCAUGCUUAAAGAGCCUGAAAAUAAUUGUACUUAUCAGCAAGUAUGAGCAUUUGGAAGCUGUAAGUGUAAGAAACCUGGAUAUCAUGAACACUCGUGUAACCUUUCCACCUUUUAUAGGCAUAUUUGAAACCAAAUCAUACAGGAUAUUUCUCAGAUAAA